ACCCGAGGUGGUGGGAGCGGGGAUCGCCGGGAGGUGCGACAUUUUUAAUUCUUAAAAAAAGAAAAUCAAAAAGCGGAGCCAUGCACCGAAUGGGCAGAGCAGCAUGGCUGGUUGACGCACAGCGGCGUGAAGACAAGCGGAUGGAGGCCAGGCUGGCUGGGGGGCUGCGGCAGCUGGAUGAGGCCUGUCUGUACCACAUUAGUACCUUAACAAGGGAGCAGCGCCGAUUGACUCGGGACCUGGGAACAACUGGAACAGGAAAUCUUUGCAGGAAGAACGUAUUCAGCCUGCAGUCACAACCUUGGGGCCGUAAUGACGGUCACCAAAUGCCGUCAUAUCGGAAGACUGUGCUACCUAUAAUCCCACAAAAGCCAGAAAAGCACAGGUCUCUGAACCCAGUGUUGCGAAACGCUGGCUGGACUUCGACUGGGCUACAGACCCGGGUCCGGGAGUUCAUAGGUGGUAGAGGGGUGAAAACGGUGGGUUCUGUGCUGCCAGUCUGCCUGCCAGAUCUCAAAGGGCAGAGUGCCGAUGGGCCAAACACAACCGAACUUGGGAAGAAGUGUCAGGGUGAGACGAGUAUUGAAACAGACAGCAGGAAGCAGACAGAAAAAGAGAAAGGUGUUCUUUCAACCCCACCUCCUUUCCAGGAGCUGGCCCCAGAUGGAAAACUAAGAACUGUCUACACUCUUCCCAGCUUUGCCCAAGCUCUUGCAGAAGCUCGAAAAGCUCGCUACCUCCGCCUACGUGGCCGCCCCCUCUGCGAGAGGGAACUGUCUAUUGAGGAGAUAUUCGCCAGGACCCCCACUGAAAACUGAACAGGCUGACCCCAAAACCCCUGUUGAGUUUUUGACCAUCUUUCGACCUUGCAUUGUCUAGCCUCUAUGAC